AUGUUUGGCUCGGUGACACCGCUGGCCUGCUGCCUUACAUGGGCAAACCUCUGAACUGACUGAGACGGCUGGAAUUUCAGAGCGUGACGUCACUGCCUACAACUCUCCCAGAAUUUGGAUGAAGAAGUUUCACUUUUUUGGUGGGAUUUGAACCUCUGUUCUAUUUCCUAGAAAGCGAGAUUAACACAGUAAAGGGCAUUGCUUCACCAAUCUUCCAGAAAUCCCACACAUCCUGAACGGAGAAAAGGUGUCUGAUCCUGCAGUCCCCACCACCACUUUUGACAACUUGGAACCAUGUGGAACCCAGUGAACAAUAACGACCAGACGGGACAAGUGGCUGCCAGAAUGGAGACUACGCCGUCUUUGGGUAGUGCGAGCAUCUCCAUCUCCCAGCAGCAGUCACCCAAGAAAUUUGCCCCCAUGGUUGCACCCAAGCCCAAGUUCAACCCUUACAAACCGAUGGGAGAAUCCAGCUUCUCCGACCCUGCAGCGGACUACCUUCCCCCGCCACCACCUGCCGAAGAGUCAACCGGUUUCCCAUCAUCCCCUGGUUCCUUCCCUCCUCCUCCGCUGAUGAACUCGUACGAUUUUCAGACGAAAGGACCAGAGAAGACCCUGGCAGAGAGGCGCUCAAGUCUGGAUGCCGAGAUCGACUCCCUCACCAGCAUCCUGGCAGACCUGGAGAGCAGCUCGCCCUACAAGCCACGAGGCACACAAAACUCUGGAUCCUCUGCAGCCUCGACCCCCAACGCUCCUGUGACUGGUUACAAGCGCAUGGUCAUUCCAACCCAGCCACCUCUGACUGCCACCAAGAAGUCUACACCCAAACCUCAGGCUCCUGGGGGAGUCUCGUCUGGUUCCCCUUCCUCUGUCAGCCCGGUGGCCAAGCCUCUAAGCCACAAUGCUCCUCAGCCUGUCCCGGCCUCUUACGCUACAGCCUCAACCCCUAGCCAGCCCACCUUCAACGUCCAGGUGAGGUCGGCCCAGCCCGGUCCCCAGCAUCAGGCUCCAGGUGGCCACCAUUUUGGUCAGCAACCCAUUCGCAGCCCUUCACAGGUGCACUAUAUGCCUGCCCAGCCCAAAGGUCCCGACUUUGCCUAUGGACCACCACAGCCUGGCUUCUCCCCAAUGGCUCAGGGUGCAUAUCAAGAACAGCACCAUCCAGGAGUACACCAAGUAGGUGGCUUAAGCUCCAGGAGACCUGAGCCGGCUCCUGCGCAAGCAUACCAACCUCCAGGCCCCAAGAAGACCUACAUCACAGAUGUACCACCAAGCUUGCCUCCUUGCACUUCUGGACCAGCUGUUCCACCAAAGGGCAUAGCUCCCAUCACCCACCCUGAAGACGAGCUGGAGCGCCUGACCAAGAAGAUGCUGUUUGACAUGGACAACCCACCAUCUGAAGAAUAUUUUGGGCGCUGUGCCAGCUGUGGAGAGAACGUAGUGGGAGAAGGCACUGGCUGCACUGCCAUGGACCAGGUCUUCCAUGUUGACUGCUUUGUCUGCAUGACCUGCAGCACCAAGCUGCGUGGCAAGCCUUUCUUUGCUGUCGAGAAGAAGGCAUACUGUGAGCCUUGCUAUAUUAACACCCUUGAGACCUGCAACAUCUGCAGUAAGCCCAUCAUGGAGCGCAUCCUGCGGGCUACAGGGAAAGCCUACCACCCUCACUGCUUCACCUGCGUGGUGUGCCACCGCAGCCUGGACGGCAUCCCCUUCACCGUGGAUGCUUCCAACCACAUCCACUGCAUCGAGGACUUUCACAAGAAGUUCGCUCCACGCUGCUGUGUAUGUUCUGAGCCUAUAAUGCCAGCACCAGGUCAGGAGGAGACUGUCCGUAUUGUGGCCCUGGACCGCGACUUCCACGUGCAUUGUUACCGCUGUGAGGAUUGUGGCUCUCUGCUCUCAGAGGGGGACAACCAGGGCUGUUACCCUCUGGACGGACACGUCCUCUGCAAAAACUGUAACACCAGCCGCAUUCAGGCCCUCACCGCCAAGGCCACCACUGACCUCUGAACAACCUGCCGCCCGGUCACCCCCACUGUGAUAACCCAACGCUCGCUCUCUCUCUCUUUCUGUCUACCCCUCUCUCUUUUCUUUCUCUCGCAAACAUAUCGAUCCACAGGAGCUUGCAUUCCUCAGCAUAUACAUAUAUAUCCCCCUAUAUAUAUUCACUUUCAGUAACAAGAAGCAGCCGCACGUGUUCACCUGCAUACAUACAUACAUAUCUAUUAAUUACAAUCACAGCGGAAGAGGCUGUGUGUGUUUAACGGUAUUGUUGUUAAAGGAAUAGUUUGGGAAACAUUUUGGGAAAUAUGCUUAUAAAGUAGCUAAGCUUGGCAUAAAAACUGGAAACAGCUAGUCGAGGUCUGUCCAAAGUUGAAAUAAUUCCACCUAACUGUAUCCUUAAAGUUCAUUAAUUACCUUGUUCUGUCUCAUUUACAGUUUUAUGGGAGAUUAUGGGCUGCUUCUGGCAAAGAUAUAGCCUGCCACAUAAUCCUCCAUAAAGCUACAACUUGUCAUUUUUAGACUUUUGUUUAUUAAAAAUAUAGAUAUGGUAACAUGUUACUUAGUGAUCUUUAGAGGUGCUGGUAGGCAGAUUACUCAAAAUGUCAAACUAUUGCAGAAAAUCACUCCAACUCCGUCAAUUAACAGUUGCAAUAUACAUCAACACAUUUUAUUUUCUAACAUACCCUUCUUAAACAGGCAUGUUCUAGCCAGGGUACACAAGCAUGCAUGCAUGCAUGGAUAGAUGGAUGCAAGCCCAAAUAUUUCUCACUGACCAGUUCUAGUGAUCUAAAAUGUCUCACUCUGCUUAAACAUGCAAAAUGUUUGACACAUCUGCCCUGCAGGUGAAGCCAUCAUGGUAGGGUGUGUGUGUGUGUGUGUGUGUGUGUGUGUGUGUGUGUGUGUGUGUGUGUGAGUGACUGUAGCUUCAGCCACAUUUAGAAAUGUUACGUUGGUUAGCACAUUCAUUUUAUUCUUUAGUGUUUAUUACAGUUCAAAUCCACAGAUGGUACACAAAUAGGGGUAAAAUUACACACUGAAGCUCAUUAUUGCAAAACAGUUCUGCAUAACUGAACACCAAAGAAUUUAAUUUAAACUGUCAUAUUUACUGUUUACUUAUUUUGUAUGCAACUGUAUUAAACAUUACACACAUUAUAGUGAUUGGGACCACAAGAAUCACAAAUAGUAAUUCUUAGUGUCAAAGACAAAAUCCUCAUUAGGCAGCUGUUGAAUGCAAUUCCCCUUUAAAACAUAGUAGUUUCUUUGUACUUUCCAGUUGACUUUGCUUUCAUGUGCACAAUAGAUUACUAUCUGUUGGCCUGAACUAUACAAUCAUGGCAUUCCAUUCACAGAUACAGCCUUAUAUUUGAGUUUAAUGAUAUAGUUUUUGAGCAGAUAAAUAUGUAACUUUUUCUCUUAUUUACAAUUAUAUAAAUUAGAUUAGUGAUUGUAGUGUAAGCAGUCAGAUAGAGAUAACAGAUUUGAGAUGGCUAUGCAAUUUUUAUUGUUAAUUGCAUCGACACUUUACAAGAAAUUUUAUGAAUAAGGAAAUAUUUUACCUGUACAGAUUCAAGCAAGUGUCCUUAUAGUAAUCCUUUAAUCAAAACUAUGCUGUUGGUACUGCGUGACUUUGUGUGUCACUGUGCUGUAUGUCAGUAUUGAUUGUACCAUUGACAGUUUUAUAUUUAGUGUUUGUUUAAAGUUGAUGGGUGAAGAAGGGACCAUGAGUUCCCCAAAACGGACUUAUUUUAUUAUUUGCUCCAUCCAAGAGUCAUUGACCAGUAGUCUGAUUGUCUGAUCAGCCACCUCUGAGCCCCCCCCCUUUACCUGAGUAAAAAGGAGAUAAGUAUAUAACUGGCAUGUUAGUAUCAGAACAAAGUUUAAAUCAGAAGACCACAUAGAGAAGCAAAAUUACCACAACAUAAAAUUACUUAAAAAGAGUGGGGGGCAGGAAACAUCAUGUUUUGCAACUGGUUUGACAGUAUUUGAUCGACAGUCGGUAGUAGUAAUGUGCAAAGAAUGUGUCUCCGAAAGGAGUACAAGCUAGCAAAUACAGAUGUAAACAAUGCAGAAUUUUAAGUAUACAAUUGGCUAUGCAUAUGUUUGAUGAAUAAAGAAAUGAAUUCACCACAUUUUAUUUUGGUGAGAAACACUGAAUGUAAAGAUAAGGGUUAGGGUUUCUUUUUACAAGACAACAGGGUACCUUUAAACAACAAAGACAAUGUCCUUAAUAAGUACUGUUUUGCCUAUUUAUUAGUUUACAGUCACAUAUAAUGUAGGACAGAGUAUUUCCCAAGCCCCGAUUACAGAUGUCUUGUGCAUGUGGAUGGAUAUUUUAUGAACAAAGCAAUUCAUUAUCCCUUUUCAGAGAAUUCUCUCAACUUCUCUUUGCAGUUUUCCUCACACAUUAGGAAGUGGUGUUUAGUGCCAUUUGGAUAUCAGAAAGUGAAUAUACAAACAAAACCUCUCGAUAUACUGUAUGUCUGGUUACAUCAGAGUCUUUGUGUUCAGUUGACUGUGGCGAUGUUUCAACCAGGGUAACAUAAUGUAAAGAAACUGUGCUAAUAAGUCCAUUAAUGAAGAAAAAUCAGUGAAAAGUAAUUUGACAUUUAUCAGACCUUUGCUAGAACACAUUUUUUAUAUAAAUGUAGAGAAAACUGUUGGAUCAUUAAACCAUUUCUAAAGAAUCUAAGUAAAAGUAUUUUAAAUUCUCUAAAAACACAGUAAAAGCUCUGCACCGCUGGUCCCUUAGAAGAUUAGACAAGCUAAACUGUCUCUGUCCCUGUGCUAAACUGUCCCUGUGCCUCAUCAAUAUUUAGAACACAUAUUUAGACAGACAGUUCAUAAGUCGCAUGCAAAAACCAUAAAACAACAAGACUUUUGCAGUCGAGUGAAAAUCAUAACUGACGAGUGCAGUGUGUCUUAAAGACAUGUUCAAAUGUCUCAAGUGUCAAAAAAUGUAAGCUGGAGAAUAAAGAGUUUAUUAAAAAAUAGAUCAAGCUAUAGUAGAAAAAACAUUCCAAUAAGUGUGUCUCUCUAGUUACACAAGACAUUUAUUCUCCUUGUUUGAUCUCCACUUCUUUGAAAAAAUACAUACAGUAUAUCACACCAGCUACAUUAGGCCCAUACUUAGAUCCACCUCUUUGACCAUUUGACACUCAACUCGGUGAGGCAUCUAAUUACCACGUAAUGUCAUUAUGUCACACAUGUUGCUAGGUUUCAGCUCACAGAGAUGUUGCUGGUGAUCCAACUAAGUUAGCAUCUCAUGUUGGCUGUCUAUCCAAGCAGGUCAGAAGGCCCUGCGUUGACCUUUCAUAAUUACACAUCGGGGGAUUAAAACACAAAAAUCUGAACAAAAGUAAUGCAGGGAUGCUCGUUUAAAAUUCUAAUUAAGGUACUUUUUUUUAAAACACUACCAGCUCACUCUCCUGGAAGUUAGUGAGUGGACCUUUUGUGCUUUGGUUUUCUUCAGUCUUGAAGUCGUCUUCAGUCUUCUGAAGCCAAAGUGGUAUCCAAUAUUCAGAUCUGCCUCUGGUCCGUACUCUACAUUAAAACAUGUCAUUGCAAUACUGUAGCGAUAUGUAGUAGGCACAUUUGCUGUGCUUUCAGGCAUGACCAGUGCACAGCUGAAUCAUUCUAGUGAUGUGUUUAACUUAAUUAGAGACAGUGUGAGGAAGCACACAGUAAUUGUGAGCUACGAACGUCAACAUCUGCGUAAAAAUGUAGUGCACAACAUUGCAGAAAGUGGUCUUUCCACAGUAGCCUCUUACUGCUGUCAAAUCAGGUAUUCUGUGUGAUGUUUGGUAAAUGAACCAGUUAACAAUAAAAUAUUUUCUUUUAUGUAACAUCAUACAGUUAGAAUUGUUGUUUAAUGCACAUGUUCACACCUUGCAUGCUUGAGGGGAUAUAAUGUUAAACACCAGAUUAAGAGCUGUUGUUACAGUUUAGUAAAGGGAGUUUUAUGCAGUUGAUAAAAAACAACAGUACCAUGUUAUAACUUUAAUAAUUUUACAUAUAUACUAUAAUUUAAAGCUGCACAAAUCAGUAUGUUUAUGUAAGCAAUGGAUCAAAUCAUUAUGCAUAAUGUAAAUGGAGUAGUGAGGAACUCACAGAGAAUUAUCACCUGAUUCUGCAGCUUCCCUCACAGAGCGUUUUAGCGUCUUUCAGCUCAUUGUUUUGGUUUUACAGCCCGCAACUUUAUUGUUUCAGUCCACUCUCAUCCACCUUGUUUUUAGUCGUAACAGCCAUUUUCAAUGGAAAAGGUAAACCACCUGUAUGCUACCUGCUACCUAAGGUGGCGGCUAGCUGGUGAACAGAGUGGAGCAUUCGGCAAAGCAAGAGCUAGAUAUUUCCCUCAGGAGUUGUGGAAACUAAAACAGAGCUUAAAGGAGUGAACAUUGGACUUGCUAGGUGGCCAGAAACAACUUCAAAAUACUGCUACUGUUUGCUGUUUCUGCUGGAUGUUUAAAUAAGUUAAUGUUUGCUAAACAUUAUGAUAUAAUGUGAUAUAAGGUGAUAAUGUGUCUUGUUGCGCUGCCCCUAAGUGGCUAAAAAAGAAUGAAUGAAAGUAGUUUUAAAGGAGAUUUUUUUAAUACAGAAAAUAAUUCAGCAAAUGCCAUUUUAAAUUAUAGCAUACAAACCGCUCAGCAAAAGGUAAAACCAUACCAAUACAUUUUCUAUUUUAAUUAAAUGUUUCAAAAUAUUUGAUUAGUGGCUUAUUAGCACAUGGUUUCUACAAAGGCCUAUCCCAGUCUGGUCCAUGAGCACACAGUAAAAUCUCUGCUGUAGGUUGCUGAUGUGUCAUAAAAAGCUGUAUUAAACCCAACUGUUUACAGUAUUUGAAUGGACAGACGCAUCAUAUAUCUUUGUGGGAGGCUAUCUGACAUGAACCGUCUCAAAAAGAUUGACGCUACAAGUAUAAAGAAACCGUAUAAUUUUUUUCUUUGUUAAGUGUAUUUGUGUUGUCUGCAGCCUUUGUACUACCCAUGCUUGUAAAAGUGCCUUUGGCUGAGCAGUAUUGAAACACUAUACUGUCAUCGUGUAUUUCAUAGUUUGCUAUGCCUCACUCAGAGAUUUUGCCAUGUUUACUUGUCUUUACCAAAGUAAAUAAAGAGGACCCCUUUGAUUUGGCCAACUGAAUCCAUACACUAGGUGUUUCUAUCCGGCACAGCAGUAUUAAAUGGUGUUGAGCGUGAAACUCUCCUUGAAGACCUUGAUCCUCUGUUGUCAAAGUAAAGCAUCUGAUCCGGUUCUUGAUCUUUGGAAGGGGCAUGUAGUCAACAGUUGUUGUUUUUUUCUUUCUUCAAUAAAAGCUUUGCAAUAACA